UUUGUCAUAUCAAAUAAGCCCAACUCAAAUAAGCCCAAUUUGACCACUGUGUAAGUAAAGUAAACCUCUCCGUUUCUCUGGAGUCUGAAGUAAGAACCCUAGCUUUCUCAUUUCGAAUCUGGAGCUCACGGUUUCUUCUUCGGGAUCGGAAUCGGAAUCGUGCCAUUUGAAUUAGCCUCUGUAUAGAUCGAUGUCUAGCCUCAGAAGAGCUCUGCUCGUUGCAGGGAAGACGAAGAUCAACCUAGAGAACUGCCAUUUCAUUACCGGAAUCAACUACAACGGUCUCAGCGUGAAGCAAUUACAAGAGCUCCGUGGAAUCCUCCGUGAGAACACAAACACGAAGCUCCUCGUCGCCAAGAACACUCUGGUGUUCAAAGCCUUAGAAGGAACCAAAUGGGAAUCUCUGAAGCCAUGUAUGAAGGGUAUGAACGCUUGGCUCUUCGUUCAAUCUGAAGAUAUACCUGCUGCUUUGAAGACUUUCAUCAAUUUCCAGAAAGAGAAGAAGCUCUACGACAAUAACUUAGGCGGUGCUGUCUUUGAGGAGAAAUUGUACGCUCCUCAAGAUUACAAGGUCAUUGAGACGAUGCCUUCUCGUUCCGAUGUUUAUGGUAUGAUGCUUGGUUCUUUGCAUUGGCCGGCGUUAGAUCUCGUCAAUACGUUGCAGGCACCAACGGCGACGGAAAAUGAGACUGUUGUUGCAUAGAGGGAAUGGAUUUUCCAGUUUCUUGAUCUCAAAUGCUUCAAUUAUCAGUCUCCUUUCGUGUUUGUGCUUCCGGAGUAAAAAUAGUAUUCUAUCAAAUGGAUUUCUCUUAGAAAUUGCUAUUGUGGAUUUACUCCUUUGAGCUCCGAUUUCAGAAUCAGUGUUAUCUGGUUUAUGUUGUAGCGGAUUGAGCUUGGCUUAUCUUAUUCUGUUGUUUGCUAGAAGAGAAUUGGUGAAUUAAUAACACUUGUUUUGGCCUUGAA